UAUGUUGAGAAAUUGCAGUGAGUCAGAGUUGUUUUGCAUAUUAAUGAGUUCGUUGUGAGGGCAGCGGGAACUGUUUUAAAAGAGGAGGAGAUCCGAGAUCUGGAGAACUGAGAGCAAGCGAGAGCUCACGGAGCAGAUACUCAGGAGCUGAAACUGACCAGGGCGCAGGAGCACAAGGGACCUGCAACUCGCUCCAAACCUGACGACUGCCCGAGCGCUCCGGAAAAAGCGGCUACCGAGAAGCCAAGCGGGCAACGAGAUUUUCCCAGCUCUCUAAAGACACCUGAGCUCUGGUCAUGAAGCUCUUCACAGGACUGCUGCUCCUGCUGCUCCUUGUGUUGUGCUGCGUCGGGGUGGAGGGGUCAAAAUGCAAAUGCUCAAGGAAAGGACCAAAGAUAAGAUACAGUGAUGUCAAGAAGCUGGAAAUGAAACCAAAGUACCCGCACUGUGAAGAGAAGAUGGUUAUCAUCACUACCAAGAGCAUGUCACGGUACCGAGGACAAGAACAUUGCCUACAUCCCAAACUCCAGAGCACAAAGAGAUUCAUCAAGUGGUACAAUGCGUGGAAUGAGAAACGCAGAGUCUAUGAAGAAUAAGACAAGAAAAUCCUAAUGAAAAAGUUUUUGGAAGACUUGAACAAAGGACUCUGCAGAAAAACCUUUCUUUCUCACAGACAUAAGACACAAAUUAUAUAUUGUUACAAAAAGCACUUUUUACCAAGGGUCAGUUUUUACAUUUUAUAGCUAUUUGCAAAAGGCUUCCGAGUGUCGUAACUGUCUCUUGCAUUUCAUAGCUCACAAUUGUCUGCUUUUUACUGAAUUUGGGAAAAUCCAUGCCUUUCAUGUUUUAAAAAUGUUUUUUUGUAUUCAUUCAUCCAUCACCAUGAUUGCAACUGAGCUUUAUAAGCUCAUUAGCUGAACAAAUAAUCUAUGUGGUGGUAUUCCAUAGUAGUGCUCUGUUAUUUGUAGCCCUAGGAAGAUUUCCACUUCUGAUUUCAUAGUGACUUUCCACAGAGGGGAGAAGGCACACAGCUUACAAAGUGCCCUGCCAUAAUAAUGUGUUGUGUGUCUGUGCAAUAUGGGCCCACACAGCUGGCAGAACUGAAUGAGCAUCAUUCUUGCAUAUGUUCUUUGCUGAAAUAAAAGCUGAUUGCCAGGGAAAUGUGCUUAAUACCCCCAGUUAAUUUUUACGUAUAUUAAAGUGGGGAAUAAUCCCAAACUAAAUUCAUAUCUAAGGAGGAUGCUGGAUUCUUCUUCCAUCAUGAGGUGAUAUGAAAGGUACACUGCUCCGAUCUCAAGUACUUUAUACUUCAAGAACAAUAGGUUUGCUUGCUUUUUUAGUAAAAAUCCUUCAAGGAAACGUUAUAUACAUAUAUAUAUAAUAUAUAUAUAUAUGCUCAUGAGCACAGGCACACAAAUACAUAUACAUACAAAGAAUGUGACCCCCUCCACCAAAAAUAUACACACAAUCUCUGUCAUUGUGAAUGUAAUGCUUCCAUGGUUAAUAGUAUGGUUCUCUCUUUUUUUAAAAUAAAGUAACAAAACUACCUUUCCCUCUGUAAAUAUACUCUAGGCAAACUGUGUAUCAUGUUCUUCCAGUAUCAUGUAUUACAUCAUGAAGUUAUCAUAUGCUAUUUAAAUGUCUGAAAAAAUUAGAGUUGCAUGCAGUUUUCAUAUUCUUUCUAAGACAAAAGGAAAAGUAAUUAAAAAACAUAUUUAAAACAUAUCCCAAUUGUGGAACAGUGAGGUUUUGUUUGCUUUUGUUUUUCUUUGAGCUAUAUUGGAUAUAUUGAGGUUUAUUGGAUAGUAUACUGGGCUUAAAGUCAGGAAGACGAGUUCAAAUCCCACCUCUGAGACUUGCUAUCUGUGUGACCCUGGCAAAUUAAUUAACCUCUAUGUGCCUCAAUCAACUCCAUAAUAAAUCUGCUAAGUCAUGGACAGGUCAUAAUCUGUUGAUGGAGGAAGUUCCCAGUCAAGGAGUUACCUGUACGCACAAAAAUUAUAGAUCUUUUGCAUAUUCACACAUGUAAUAAUGACAAAACAUUUACCAUAGUUUGAAUGCUUGAGUAUCUGAGAGGAAGUUAUAUUAAGAGAGUAAAGCUGGAGUUCUCCAAUGCAACACUAAAAUUUCAUCUAUAGAUUAAUUGAAAACAUCAUUAAAAGCAAAAUUCUUACUGGUAGGAAUUUUGGACCUAGGUUCAAAUCCAAACCCUAGGUACUUACUCCCUGUGUGACCUUAGGACAGUCACUUCCUCUCUGUAGACAUCAGUUUCCUCUUUCAAAAUUAGAGUUUGGGGUCAAGAGUAUGGACUUGUUGAUCUCUAAGGGCCUAUUAUGUUUAAAUGCUCAGACCUUACAUUUCCAACUUUCACAUUUAAAGCAGUUAAAACUGGUUCAUUUUGAACCAUGCUAAAAUAUGAUGGUAAUGUUUCAGCAAAGGAUUGAAAAGAAGAUAGACACUGGAACCCAGAUGAGGGGUACAGAAAGCCAAGCCAUUCCUCAGAGCUUCAUGUUGCUAUUGCACCUCACAAAAGGAAUGCCAAUAGUAGACAAGGGUAGUUUCUUUGAAUGAUUCUAAAAGAAGCUCAGAUCUCAUCUGAUCUCUAAAGUCACUCCAGUGUGAAAUGCUAUGAAUCUGUGAUUCUCUCCAAGGCUUCUCUUAUGCUCAUCAUAACCUGGUCUCACCUGGAUCAAAAUGUUAGAGUGUGGUUUAUUCCUAAACUGAACAUUCCUAGCUGAGAACAACCCUGGGUCCUCUACUUCUUAAGGAAGAUUCUGGAUCAUGUGGUCCCCUGGGAUCAUCCGUAGGUCCCUUGCUCCCCUGCUUCACUCUUUAAUCCUUAGUUCUUCAAGUGAAAGUAUUACAUUCUUUAUUCCCCUAGGGAGAUCCCUAGAUCUGGGUCCCUUACUACCUCAGUGAGUUUCUGGUAGCAGAAUCCUAGACUCCAAAAGCUAGAAGGCACCUUACAGUGAGAGAUAUAGUUCAAUUUACUAGCAAGAUGCAUACAACAGUGGAUGUGGAGGGACAUAUAUCAAGAAAUGACUUGAAUGGAGAUUUAAAGGGGGGGGGGCAGUUGAGCUACCCAUCCACACAGGAAAAAUUAAGUAAACAAGCCAAGUCAACAAGCAUUUAUAAGCACUUGCUAUGUGUAAGAACUACUUCAAGCACUGAGAAUACAAAGAAAGGUUAAAAACUGCUCUCCAGGAGUUUGUAGUUGAAUGGAGGAGAAAACAUGAAAACAACUAUGUACAAAUGAAAUAUAUGCAGAAUAAAGUAUAUGUAAUUAUAGUGAUGUGGCAUUCUCAUUGUGAAGGGGAAUCUGGGGAAAGAUUUUAGCUGAGGCUUGAAGGAAGUCAAGGAAGACAGGAGGCAGAGAUGAGAAGGGAAAGCUUUCCAGGCAUGAAGGUCAGUCAGUGAAAAUGCACAGAGUCCAUCACUGGGCUUAAACUCCAAAAAAAUCCAUCAAUAAGAAGAAAGCCCUCAUAUAAACCAAAAUAUUUAUAGUAACAU